GCAAGUAUAGCAGCAGAGCGCGGUAUCGUAAGCUAUGUCAACCUACGUGAGACGCCAUAUGAACACCAGCGCGCACAUCAGCGUGCACUAUGUAAAGCUCAAUAUUGAUACUCGGUUAAUACUUAACAACUGCUUAUAAGGCCAUGACUACGAUUAUGUUUCCACGUGCGUGACUACGAACGCGUAAGCGCACGCACUGAAAAAUAAAACCCAAUGGUACUAGGGUAAAUCAGCUCACAGAUGCGAAUUGAGCGCAAAGAUAUUCGGGAACGAUCCGACUAAACCACCUUGAUUGUUCAAUGGCAGAAGGUCGCUGUUCAAAGUUCGCGAUUCUGUACGACAACAAAUCGCUGGGAGCUGUGUUUGAAGAUGGUCAUGUUGAUGGGUUCGUCGUCGUUUCCUUCCACAAGCUUGACUUCUCAAACUUUCAUCAGUCUUGGCAGAAUGGCGGCAAAUGUCCCCAGCGAAUGCGUGAGGCUUCUUCCGUGCGUGUUAACAGCAUUAUUGGAUGCGACAUAAUCCUUUUUUUUUUAUCCACGGAGUAUGCGUGUAUACAUAACGUCCGAAUCCAAUGCUACUUGAAACUUCCUCUCGCAACUUACCUUCAGAGUAGUUACAGUGUCCAUACCUUAGCUGAUUUAUUGUUUAACCAUGAAGGUAAAUUGCGGGAAGAAGUUGAAAACAACGAGUGGACACGGACAUCACGAACAUACGCAUACCUUUACACUUGAUCCAACGCGGCGCAACAGUUUAAACAGAAACUUCGAUUGCUACUUCGAACCAAGCCUGGCAGCCAGACAUACUAUUCAUCGAUUGUUAGCAGAUCACUUAAAUGUACCAGCGCUAAUGUUUGCCUCAAGGCAGUACACAUUGAGAGACAUAGCUAAAGUAUUCGUUCCUCUGACGAGUUCAUGUCUAAGCGCUGGCCAUUUUUGGGCGAUGGCUGGAUGGCUAACAGGCCACCCAACCGUGAAAUCACUUUUAUAUAUAA